GCAAAGAAUUAAUUAUGAGUAAUAAUAAAUCCAAAAUGAAUCGAUGGUGGAUGAUAGUAUUGUACUGUUGAUCCUUCCUUGUUUGUCAUCUCCCAUGAACGGCACUGAUAACGCAAACUCUGUUUAGACAAAAUCCCAACACCCUCAUCCCAGCCGUCCAUCUCACACACACCACCGAACCAACACGCAUAGUACACCCAGUUCUUUGAAAUUUGUAAUAAAAGGAAGCUUCGAGUUCUGUGAUGGGGGAAGAAAAUUCUGAUGCAAUGAACCUUGAUUUGAAUCUGGGUCCUGACCCGGAACCACAAACUGGGUCAAUAGCAGCUAAUGAAGCUUUGAAUUUGGAUGAUUGGAUUGACGAGCCUCUUCAGCGAAUUAGCCAAGCUGCUGCUAGGCUUAGGGGGAGACAGAGGUGGAGAUGGAGGCAGCUUCCCACGUAUCCUCAAACAGUUCAUCGCAUUUUACCUCAAUCCUCUUAUGCUCAAGUUCAUCAAAUUUUACCUGAACCUGCACGUCAUAUUUAUAUCCCACCCGAAGCUCGCAAUAUCUCUAUCGAAUUGAACAAUUUUUUGGUCAAUUCGGGGAAUGGAACUGGAUUACAGGCUGGGGAAGGAAGUGUGGCUGCUGUGGAGAGAAUGGUGGAGGAAGAGGAGGUGCCUGCACCGAAAGCGUGUGAGAACAAUAAUGGUGUUACGGUCGAUGAGACUUCGCAGAAGAAGGAUGAUGUUGAAAAGGCUGGUGGCGGUGAUGGGGAUUUUUUCGAUUGUAAUAUCUGUUUGGACUUGGCCAAGGAACCUGUUUUGACUUGCUGUGGUCAUUUGUUUUGUUGGCAAUGCUUAUAUCGAUGGUUGCAUCUGCAUUCAGAUGCUAAGGAGUGUCCAGUUUGCAAGGGAGAGGUGACAAUUAAGAGUGUUACACCUAUAUAUGGCCGUGGGAAUAAUGCUCGUGUUCUUGAGGAGGAUUCUGCUCUUAAAAUCCCUCCUAGGCCACAAGCUAAGCGUGUUGAGAGUUUGAGACAAACCAUUCAGAGAAAUGCAUUUGCUGCACUCCCUGUGGAAGAGAUGAUUCGACGUCUUGGAAGCAGAAUUGAUCUCACUAGGGAUUUAUUUCAGCCAAAUGAACCAGAAAAUGCUCGUGGAUCAGCAGAGAGAACUACUUCUUUGCUAAGUAGGUUUUUGACAUCUCGAGGCAUGCGUAGAGAGCAGAAUCCUGUGCCACCCUCAGAUGAUGUUACUGACUUGAAUCAGAACAAUGUUAAUAAUGGUGCUGAGUUGGGAGGCAGGGUGCAAUCCCUUUUGCUUAGAAGGUCACAAUCACAUAGAGCAACACUUUCUACUCUUUCAUCAGCACUUACUUCUGCUGAAAGGUUGGUUGAAGCAUAUUUCCGUAGCAAUCCAUUAGGCAGAAACCAAGAACAACCACCUUCUUCAGUCGAUGACAGAGAUUCCUUUUCAAGCAUUGCUGCUGUAAUAAAUUCAGAGAGUCAAGUCGACACUGCUGUAGAAAUUGAUUCCAUGGUAACCUCUUCUAGGAGAAGAACUGACGCUUCAAGAUUGUCUGAUGUGGACAGUGGAGAUUCUCGUGCUCCAAGGCGCAGGCGUCUGAAUUGAUAAAAGUAUUCUAGAUCAAGUUAUUACUAUUCUAUCAUAUCAUGUAACACAUCAUAAUAAUUUUCCAACAUCUAUGUAAGUUCUCCUUGCUUUGUUAUGGCCUUGUAAUUUGAAGCAUUCACCUUUUACAAGUUUUGAUAGAUUUAAGAUGAUUUCAGAGUAUGUUCACUUAAAGUAUAAGAAUGUCCUUAAAGGGUUCAGCUAUUUAGAAUCUAAUUAUCCAAAAACUAAAUUUUACUGUAGAAUUUCAGCGAUUUAAAGAUGUUUAUUAUCUGUUUAUA